GGAACGCGCCGGAGCGGCGCCGCACCUCCCACACUGCCCCGCGCGGCCAGGCGAGCGGCUGCGGGGCAAGAUGGCGGCUGGCGUCGGGCGGCCCUGAGUUAGCGGUGCGGCGGGGAUGGAGUCUUCUGCGGCCCCGGGCCCCGAGCGGCUCUUCGACUCGCACCGGUUUCCGACCGAUGGGUUCCUGCUUCUGGCCCUGCUACUGUACGCCCCUGUGGGGCUCUGCCUGCUCGUCCUGCGCCUCUUCAUUGGCGUUCACGUCUUUCUGGUCAGCUGCGCUCUGCCCGACAGUGUGCUUCGACGGUUUAUCGUGCGUGUGAUGUGCUCAGUGCUGGGCUUGUUUGUGCGGCAAAGCGACCCCCGGCUCCGUGACACCAGCGUGAGGGUUUACAUUGCCAACCACGUCACGCAGUUCGAUCACAACGUCAUCAACCUCCUCACCUCCUGCAACACGCCUGCUCUGAAUGGUGCCCCUGGCUUCCUCUGCUGGUCGAGGGGGUUCAUGGAGCUGGGGGUGACAGGAAGCCGAGCAGAGCUGGUGGACUCCCUGAAGGUGUACUCAUCCCACGGAGCAAACCCACCAUUGCUGCUCUUCCCAGAGGAGGCUGCCACCAACGGCCGUGCCGGCUUGCUGCGGUUCAGCUCAUGGCCGUUCUCCAUCCUGGAUGUGGUGCAGCCGGUGGCACUGCAAGUGCAGAGGCCGCUGAUCACUGUGAGUGUGGCUGACUCCUCCUGGAUCACAGAGCUGCUCUGGACCUUCUUCGUUCCCUUCACAGUUUAUCAAGUAAGGUGGAUGCCGUCUGUCCCCAGACGAGCUGAGGAGCUGAGCGAGGAUUUUGCGCUCCGAGUUCAGGAGCUCUUGGCCAUGGAGCUGGGUGUGGUAUCCACACGGCUCACAGCAGCAGACAAAGCUGAGCACAUGAAGAGACUGAGGCACACGUCGCCUCUCUCCUUCACCCCAGUGCCCACUGUCCUUUCCCUUGCAGCCUCCAGCCAGCCACUGGCAGCCAGGCCCAGGGUGCCUUCCAGCCUGGCUGCUGUGGCUCCCGAGGAGGUGCGAAUCACAGCGAUGGCUCAGCGGGUCAAGGAGGUGCUGCCUCACGUGCCUCUGGAGGUCAUCAGGAUAGACUUGGCCCAAACCAACUGUGUAGAUACCACCAUUGCCAACCUGCUGGAGGGGAGAGUGCCCUUUUAUCCUGAAAGUGAGGAGGCUGGCACUGACCAGCCUGCCCCGUCUACCUCCCAGCCUGCAGCUGCUUUUGGUGUCCAGAGCUCCGUAGUUGUACCCUCUUCCAAGCCAGCUACGAAGCAAUUUGCCAAGUCCCCGGUGGAGCGGCAUCUGUCCUUGCAAGAGCGGAAACGAGCCUUGUACGACUAUGCCCGCAGGCGCUUCACGGAGAAGCACGGCGUGGCGCGGGUCGGCGACAGCCCCUGAGCAGGCGGGACGCGGCGGGACCGGGACGGGGCUGCCCCAGCCCCGCGCGGAGGGGACGGGACCGAGCGGGCGGGCGCCUCCUGGCGGCGGCAAUAAACAGCGGCAGCAUC